AUGGAACCACAUACAAUCAACAUGGAUCAUACGGAGAUUCCAAUCAUCGAAACCGAUGAAUCCCUUUUCGAUGUCCUUCCUAAACUUUCCAACUUCAUCAGCAUGGCUGUGGGCGACAUGGCUUACACAUUUGAGCAAAUGCUGUAUGGAUCCCAAGGACACCGUCUCAGGCAGCUAGUACAUGCUUUAGCUGAAGAUAGCCACAAUCCGUUCAUCAUAGUGGCUUUGAUGAUUCUGAAGUGGGAGUUUGACAUUGUUGUCGAGGACGACUGGGGUCUCAAUGAGAGUAGAGGUGCAGCGUGUGAGUUUGUUGCUUGGCAGUUUCUGUGUCAUUUGAAUCAGCAUGAAACAAUCGAGUUUUUGCUACACGAGCUUCCGAUUCCUCGGCGCAAUUCUGCAAACUCCAUCGAAGCAGAAGCAGGUACUUCUGGUUUGACAUAUAGAGGUGGCUCUCACAACACCGGAAACGAGACCACACCCCUCUUAAAUCCGUCCCCUUUGAGUCGUCUGUUCAGUGGUAGGGCGAACGAAGUUGGGUCUACGGGGAGCUCACAGGGCACCAAUUCACAAGACGAGAUCUACGCUGCCCAGAGAUACUCUCAAUUUUUUGGUUUAAAUGCGUUGGAGAUCGCAACAAUUGCCCACGCAAAGAGAUUUCUAAGCCAACGAGUUGUUCAGCGGGUUGUGAAUGAUAUUUGGAAUGGGGAGAUCGUGUUCUGGGAUUCUUUGACGGUGCAUUCGACCAAAAAGCCCCAGCUUUUUAACAGAAGAACAGCAGAUCCGUAUUCACGCUUGAGGGUUCCUAUUUACCGCAAGAUUUUUGAGGCGGCCUUUUUCGUCUCUUUUCUUUUCCUGUACUAUGCAGUUCUUGUCGAGAGGAAGCAGCAUGCAGUCGGCGCCUUCGAGGCCGUGAUGUACGUGUGGAUUGUUGCUUUUGCGUACGAUGAAAUGAGUGGGAUCAUCGACGCCGGGGUUGUUUUUUAUCAAAUGGAUUUCUGGAGCCUGUGGAAUAUCAGUAUCAUCGGGGUCGGAAUAGCUUUUGUCAUAACGCGAAUUAUUGGACUGGUCAAAAGUAACAACUCCAUGAUCGAACUGUCGUUUGAUAUUUUGUCCUUGGAGGCUCUGUUUCUUGAUCUGCUCCCUCGUGAGCUUGAACUCUUACUUCGGCAGUCUAAUACCGGUAUUGAAGGAGAUGGUACGAUGAUCCCUUCAGGCUUCGGGCUCAAGGCUGACCACCGACUAUUUCAGACGAAAGCUUUCUUUAGAUUCUUUCCAGUGGUGAUAGUAUUGUAUAUUGGGUUUUUAACGACAUUUACAAUGCUCGCCCGUGACCGCUUGUCUCUUGAUGCAAUGUCACAUUUGUUAGUAAAGGUGUUCUUUGGGUAUGGCGGUGAACUGACCCUUGUUGCGCCGUUCUUUACUAAUUUGACAUUCAUCACAGCUCGAGUGUUCUUGGCUUGGUGGGAUACCGCAUCCGAAAUCUCCCCAAUCUUCGGAUACGGCUUGAUGCUGAUUUUCGCAUUGAUGACCAAUACUCUCAUUCUCUCAUCUUUGAUCAGUUUGAUGAGUAUGAGUCUUGAAGGGGUAAUGCGUCAUGCUCGAGAAGAAUAUCUCUUUCAGUUGGCGAUCUAUGUUCUGGAAAGUAGCAAUUCUCGACGAUUGACAUACUUCAUGCCACCCCUGAAUCUUAUUCCCCUGCUUUGUAUCCGCCCCAUGCGAAUUUUCCUAUCCGCGGGAACUGUUCGCCGCGUGCGCAUUAUCUUACUUCGGGCCACGCAUCUGCCCUUUGUCGCGCUGAUAUGGGCAUAUGAGUCGAAGUGGCCACUUCCGCGGCGACGCAAUAGUCGGCUACCCCCAAUAUCGGCACGCGCCUAUCGUACUUAUGCAAACGAGGCGACUGUGUCUAGGUGCCAGGACCCACACCACCCCUCAGGAAGGAUAAUUGAAACAAGUCUGGGCCCUGGAAAAGAACGCAGUGUGGAUCAGCAAGCCGCGCGUGAAUCUGGCAUAGAGCAGAGUCAAUCACAAUUUACAGACUUGAUCGACACGAUAGAACGAUUACGAGCUCAGGUGGAUGCAAUUGCCGAACGACAAAACUGA